UCGGCGCUCGGGACAAUGAGCCGCAUCUACCAGGACGGCGCGCUCCGGAACAAGGCGGUGCGCAGCGCGCGGCUGCCCGGGUGGGACCCCGCCGCGCACCAGGGGGGGAAUGGCGUCCUGCUCGAGGGAGAACUGCUCGAUGUGUCUCGGCACAGCAUCUCGGAUGCCCAUGGCAGGAAGGAGCGCUACUACGUGCUGUACGUCCGGCCCAGUCGCAUCCACCGCCGUAAAUUCAACCCCAAGGGAGAUGAAAUCGAGCCCAACUUCAGUGCCACCAGGAAGGUGAACACGGGCUUCCUGAUGUCAUCCUACAAGGUGGAAGCCAAGGGGGACACCGACAGGCUCUCGCCCGAGGAGCUGAACGAGCUGGUGAAUAAGCCAGAGCUGCUGGCGCUGACCGAGAGCCUCGCCCCUGAGCAGACGGUGGCCUUCUGGAUGCCCGAGUCAGACAUGGAGGCGAUGGAGCUCGAGCUCGGGGCCGGGGUGCGGCUGAAGACUCGGGGCGAUGGCCCCUUCCUGGAGUCAUUGGCCAAACUGGAGGCUGGAACAGUGACCAAGUGUAAUUUUGCUGGUGAUGGAAAGACAGGGGUGUCCUGGACAGACAACAUCAUGGCCCAGAAGUCAUCAGAGGGGGCCACAGCGGACAUCCGAGAGCAGGGGGAUGGGGCAGAGGACGAAGAGUGGGACGACUGAGCUUCGUGGGACGAGGAUGCCGCUGGGGCCCGCCAGCACCCGCUGAGAAUUUCUUCCAUGACUUCCGCUCUGGACCUGCAGAGAGCAGUCCACCAAGCCCGGUUCUUCCCUGCAGCCGCCUCGGAAUAAAUACCCUUUGAACGAGCUCUGCUAUAACCAAAUGCAAGACCACAAUGACAGUCUUGCCAGUGGGGCCCCAUGCUGUGUGGCUCAUGGGGGCCCCUCCCUGGAUGCGAGUCUAGACUUUCUAGAUGUUUUCAUGGUGACCUUGCCCUGGAAGACAGCCUCGUUUCUGAAGGCAGGUGGUAGGCAAGUCCCCCAGGGCAGUGUGAGAGGAACUGGACUUGGUCUUGGUGCAGACCUUGGCAAUAUCCCUCAUCUAGAUGCAGAGAGGCUCAGGGUAGAAGGGAGCGGGCUCCUUCCUUUGUUCUGUUUCCUGCUUCCCUCCCACACCUGCCCCCUCCUCGGCACUCUGUGUUGUGGCCUCUGCUGUCCUGCUUCAAACCUCCUGGUCCUCUGUACCUUGCCCCCACCCGGUGGCCAGUUCUUUAUUCCUCCCCUGAUUUCAUGCCACCGCAGGGUUGCUGUCAUCUGACCCCCCUGGCUGCUCUCCUUGGUGCUGUCCCCAGGGAGGCCAGCAGUGCUCACAGGUGGGCAGGCUGGCCACACCUUUCAGACUCACUCUGCCAGGCCACACUGUUGAGAAUACCCUUUUUGUUGUUGUUUUGUAC